AUGGAUUCUCAAAGUUCGUAUCCAAAUGAGUUCCAGAAUUUCUGCAGACCUGUCAUCCAUCCUUCUUUCCCUUCCCACCAUUUUCUACCUUGUCUGGCUUGGCAACUUCAAGCUCCUCCUCUUCUCAUUCAAUCAAGGCCCUCUCUCCUCCCACAACCGCCCACCGGCAACGUCGUCGUUUCUCCAAUUCACAUUCACAGCCCUUCUCCCUAUCAAAACCACAGCCAUUCCAAAAGCAGUACCAAAAUCAAGUCAAUUUUCACCGCCUCUGUAAUUUUCGCCAUAAAAGCUGCCCUUUUGAUACCGAUCGUAUCCAUUUAUAGUAACCGGCAACAAUUGAAUCAGCCAAUCGUUCUGGCCCUGUACUGCUGCCAUCUCUACAUCGGCGUCGAGCUGAUCCUCGCCGCGACGGCGGCUCCGGUCCGGCUGAUUCUCGGGCUGGAAAUGGAGACCCAAUUCAACGAGCCUUAUUUAGCCACGUCUCUCCAGGAUUUCUGGGGACGUAGAUGGAACUUGAUGGUCACGAGUAUCCUGCGCCCAACCGUAUACAAUCCCGUACGGGACAUUUUCGCGCCAUUUCUGGGCAAGGAUUUGAGCUUAGGUGCAGGGAUCAUGUCAACGUUUUUGGUGUCCGGUUUAAUGCACGAAAUCAUCUAUUACUAUUUGUCACGUGCGAGUCCCACGUGGGAAGUGACGUGGUUCUUUGUCCUGCAUGGAUUCUGUGUGGCUGCCGAGAUUGUUGUUAAAAAGGCCUUGAAGAAGAAGAAGGUUAGUUGGAGGCUACAUCGGGUUGUGUCUCGGCCGCUUACUAUUGGGUUUGUGGGAGUUACUGGAGCCUGGUUGUUCUUUCCUCAGAUUGUUAGAAAUGGGCUGGAUUUGAAGGUUAUAAAUGAAAACAUCGUCUUAUUCUGUAAGGUUGGAGAAAAAUUUCGCAUUCAUGGGAAUACAUAG